AUGGAGCAUAGUGUAAGUGCAAUAGAAGCUGAGGAAAAUUUUGAUAGGACUCGAUUAGUUUUAAAGGAAGUAGAGCCCAUAUUGUUAAACAAAUGCGAUAUUGACUCGCUCUCAACUCCAUCUGCCUCGAGUUGUUCUUUAGAAUGUGAUUCGGAGAGGAGACGGCAUGUUGAGAUUACAUCAAGGGACCAGAGAUUGCAUCAGUCGUCUGGAAUGAAAGAAAAAUUGGAAAAGGCAAAAACACAGAAACCUGUAGAAGUUGUUACAAACUUUUUUACGGUAGAAGCUGAUGACACCGUUGUGUACAGAUAUGAUGUAUGCAUAACUGCUUCAAAGGCAGGGACGCAGAAAAAAACUAUUGACCUUUGCCGUGGUACAGAAGCUUUGUACGGUAGCCCAGUAUUUGCUUUCAAAGGAAGACUUGAGUUGCCGUUGUUUCUGGAGAGAGGGAGAGAUCCUGAAAGGCAGAGGAAAUGUGUAGAACUGUUGAAAUUUGCUCUGGAGAGGUACCGUCAGUCACGGGAGGUGUCUAUUGUGUAUGAUGGCUCGCAUAUUUUGUACACUACAAAGGCGCUGGAUUUGAAACAGGUGGGCGUGAUUAACUUCGAUUCUUACAAGCUUCCAACAUACUUAAAAAAGCUCCUCGGUGAAAACGUUGUUGUUCGCAUAGAAAUUUCUGAAUGUAGAGAAAGUGCACAUCAGUUUCGUUUAAAUGAAUAUUCUUCUGCAGUUUCUUCCGAAACUUCCCAACAGGAUCAUUCAUUACGUCAGUUCUAUGAAAUACUGACCAGUCAGAACGCAAUUAUGAAGUAUGUUGAGGUUCGUUUCAUAGUUUCAUAUGUUCCUUCUCUCUGCAGUGACGGCUACAUAGUUUGUGGCGCGGGGAAGUUGUUCCCGAAGAAGAAAGAAAACAUUGAUCGGUUGAGUGAUGGUAAAAUGAUUAUGUCGGGUGUAGAAAAAGGUUUUCGUCUAAUCAGUGGUCCAAAUGGAGUAAUCCCUGCUGUUGUUGUGGAUAACCCUUAUCAACCGUUGUUUGCAGCCAAGAAAGCUGCUUUCUACGUUGAACAGCCGCUGUUACAACUCGUGAAGGAGCUAUGGAAGAAACCUUUGACGGAGGUUAACCAAAAGUCGUUUGAAGCGUUCGUUGCAUGUGUUCAGCCUUCUGUUAGCAGUGAGUUCGUUCCGUGUGCCUCAACGUCAUUAUACGAGUUUUUGGAAGAGGGGACAAGCGUUUAUGUGGUGACUUACGGCUGCGUAACGACGGAAACAGAGGGAUUUUUGUGGCUACCUGUCUUUCCAAUGAUCCUCCCAAAUCUUCCGGCAGUUGUGCUGAGGGGCCCAAAUGGUCCAGUGUAUUUUCCAAUGGAAGUCUUAUCUGUUGUUGGAGGUCAAAGGGUUCCUCUUUCUAAACAGUCUUCUACGCUGACUAGGUCAAUGAUAAAGUGUACAGCUGUCAAGCCUGCUGCUAGGUUCGCAGAGAUAGAAAGGAACAUGGAGGCUUUGGAUUUAUGUGGCCCUACCUCACGAAAUAAAAUCUUAGAAGCAUUUGGAGUACGAAUUAGCCCUAAACCGUUAAAGUUAACAGCGAAUCGGCGUGCUCUCCCUUCAGUCAGGUUUGGCGAUUCCAAAGUCGUGGGUGUCAUUAGUGACAAAGCUUCAUGGGAAUCAAAGACAACAAAAUAUGAGCUUCCAGCCGCUAUCAAAAACUUUCAUUUUCUCUACGAUAAUGUGAAAAACAUUGAGGACGUUAAGUACGGAUUAAUAAAUUUCCAUGGCGAUUUGGUUAAAAAGGCAAAAGCGAAAGGCAUGAAGAUAGGACGUAUCAUUACAAAGAACGUACCGUUUUCCGAUUUGGAGACGUAUAUUAAAUCGGUUCAAGACAGACCUCACAGCUUCAUUAUGUAUUUGGAUGCUCGGGAUGAUACACAUGGUCAAUUUUUGCCUUAUUACUUUUUGAGAUAUGUACGUCAACUUCUUAUUUAUUCUUCAUCAAAGUAUGGGAACCACAACUCUUCUAACACCUCUAAGUAUCUUACUGCUUUAUCCCAUCAAGUGCUUUGGGGAACACUGAUUGCGGAAUUCGGUGGUGUAGUCGCUUUUCAGGAAAUCUCGAUAUUAACUCCUUUUGCAAACAGAGGAUCAGCUGUUAUACAAAUCGAUGGAAAUAAUUUGAAACUGUAUGAGGUGCUCUAUCAGGUAGUAACACAGCAUGUUCGCUUAACUACGGUCAGUGAAGCAAAAAGCAAACCACUUACAAUGGAGAACAUUCUGAAUAAAAUGAACUGCAAGAAUUAUGGAUUGUGCUAUCGCGUAAUCCCCGAAUCUUUCGCUGCCAAAAAAUGGAUUGGUACAGGUGAGACCUUGGUUAUCGGUUAUGACGUUUGUCACCCCGACCCGCAGUCAGCUUACGAGAGAAGGUUGGGAUUACCCCCGAGACAACCAAGCGUUAUUGGGAUAUCUUUCAACGGUGCGAAAUCUCCUGAAGCUUUCAUUGGUGACUACGCAUAUCAUGAACCACGAAAAGAGCAAGUGACAGGAUAUAUCUUAGAUGAUAGAUCCAGGUGGAUCUUAAACAUGUUCUUCAAGAACCGUGGGCACCUUCCAAAAUACAUUAUAGUAACUAGGGACGGGGUGAAAGAGGAAGAAUUAGAGACUAUAAGGACCGCAGUGAAAGAGUUCGCAGAGGUUAAGUUGAAUAAGCCAGGCUAUAAUCCUAAAUUUACACUGGUAAUAGCGACAAAAAGGCACAAUAAACGUUUUGCAGUCGAGGAUGCAAAUGGCGUUUUGCAAAACUCCCUACCAGGCACUGUAAUCGAUCAUACCGUGACUCGGCCUGAUGUUACGGAAAUGUUUAUUCAGGCGCAUAGAAUCAUACAGGGCACGGGUAAACUACCAGCGUAUACUGUGCCUUUAAACGAAAUCAACUUAGUAAUGGAGGAAAUACAGUCUUUAAUGCUAGCUCUAUGUUAUACACAUCAGAUUGUUAAUUCCGCUGUUUCUAUUCCGGAACCGAUAUUUCAAGCGGAUGAGUGGGCGAAACGAGGAAGAAAUGUAUUUCGGGCUAUGUUGUGGGUUUUACCUACUUACGAAACUCUGUUUAAUUUUAAUUGGGGCCGUUAUCCAUUUAUUCUAACUAAAAAACUGAUAAAGGACGUCAAAGUGAUUUGUUGA